AUGUCCGAACUAGACGCAUUCUUCACUGAUAUAAGAGAGGAGAUUGCCAAAGAUGUUAACAAGAAAUCUUUAUUGCAAGAGUUGGAAAACCAAUUUGACUUGUCCCUCAUUCCGUACCAAACUACAAUCAAUUCCUGGACAUCGGUCAGUCCAAAUCAACUAAAUAAAGUAUUCCAGACCACAAAUAGCUUUGAAGAUGCGAUCCGUGAAAACAUUGCAAAAUUUACAAACUCAUUAUCAGAAUUAGAUUGUAAAUCAAGCCAAAAAGAGCGAUUAUCAAAUAAAUUUACCGAGGACUCCAUCUACAUACUAUUAGUCAAUCGAUACUUUUGGAUCCUUGCCGCUGCAUUUGUCCAUGAUCCAAUAAAGGUGAAAUUGAUAACUACUCAGAAUGAAUUGGGCAUUAUUGCUACGCCGCUGGAAAUUUUUCAAUCCUUGGGCAUACAAGAUGUUAAUUAUCAAUUGUAUUUAAUUGCCCUCUUGAGGCUAAUUGAAAUUGUUGUCGAGUAUACUACAACAACAGUGAUAAAUCAGUCAAUUGGCUCCACUAGUUCACAAUCUUCAAAUUAUUCCAUUGGUCUUAUAAAUCUGAAAAUUGUCUCCAAGAUUCAAAAUGGGUUUCUGUUGUUGGAUUUGAAGAACGAUAUCCUCAGAAAAAAGUACGACAGCUUGAAAUAUAACUCACAAAGGUUAAAUAAGAUUGUUUAUGAUUUGUCGCUCCGUAAUUUGGUUACAACCGAAGCGGAAGUGGAAUAA